AUGUUUCAGCCAACAUUCUUUGAAAUAAUGACACAGGAAAGAAUGAUUUCUGGAUUAAAAUCAGCGCUCCGAUACAUCUUGUCAAUGGCUGCACAACGCAAUUUUAGAUAUUUGAACAUUUUGAAAUAUUAUGAUGAAUUAUUUGGAAUACUUCAACUUGUGAUCGAGAGACAUUUUCUCUCAAAUUUUGACUCUUCUUUUGCCGAGCAUUUAUUUGGAUUGAAACGAGUGGAUGCAAAUCAAUUUACACCUGAUAAUCAAUCAAAACCUUCAUUUCUUACCAGCAAACAGAGAGCACAAAGUCUUGCAUAUCUUGUCUUUGUUCCUUAUAUAAAGGAUAAAUUGGAAAAUUUAUAUGUUGAUUUGAGAAGAGAGCAUGCCUUGUCAGAUAUUAGAAAUUCUACAGAAUUGGAUAAUUCAAUUAUUCCUUCGGAAAUGCUGCAAGAGGAGUCAAGUAAUAUGGGAUAUCAUAGAUUUUCAAAAAUUGUUAGGACAUACUUUAUGAAAUUAUGGCCAUAUAUUAGUACUGCCUAUGAGGGCUCUCAUUUCUUUUUCAUGUUCCUCUAUCUGUUAAAGAGAGAUUUCAAAUAUCAUAAUCCUUUCAUGUAUUUGAUUGGACUAUGUCUUAAGAGAUUAUCACCAUCAGAACAUGUACAACAUUUGAGUGCUAUGAAUAUCAAGAGAAAUAAUCUCAUUGAAUCUUUCAAAAAAUUGGGGGGAAAUUUAUUUGGAUCUCUUUUUGGUUACAUUAUCAAAUUUUUAUACUCAAUUUCUGAUUACUCAACUCAUUUACUCUUAGCAAUAGCCUUCCUUUUCAAAUUCUUUGAAUGGUAUUUCAAUAAUGAAUCAUCACUUCUCACAAAGGGAAAUAUCAUCAUUCCACCUCCACCUUCACAACCAGAGAGAACUCCAGGAGGUCUAGAAAUACCAACAAACCCAAGAUUAUGUCCAUUGUGUAAGAAGGAAAGAAGAAAUGCCACUUUAUUGACAGUUUCUGGCUUUGUAUUCUGUUACAAGUGUAUUCAAAAUCAUUUGAUAAGUCAUUCAACCUGUCCAAUCACACUCUCUCCCUGUAACAAAUCACAUCUUGUAAAGAUAUUUGAAAAUUAG